AUGGCGUCCGCUGCGUCGGCAGUGCCUACUCAAACACCUUGCAUUGUCUUUGAUUCUCGAAAGGCUGGCCUGAUCAGCAUCGUCGAAGAAGAGUUACCGACAGAAGAAGUAUCGCCAUCAGAACCACCUUCGUCAUUGCCUCAAUGGCGGAAGGUUGACUACUUCGGCAAAUCGAAGUCUCAGCACGUCAAAGAACAUGGCGUCAAAUCAGCUUCUGGUACUGGAUGCCCGUUAGUGCCGGUUGCUAGAAGCAGCUCUCCUGAAGCGUCUCCUGGCAUUGUCUCUCCGAACAUCACCAUAGCAGGAUGGGGAAUGUUACCACCACGUCAUACCACACCUCUCGGACUCGACUCAACAUACUCGCCUGCCAAAUCAUGGACUCAACCACCAAGCACAUUAGCUCAGCUUUCAUCUGUGAUUCCCGACAUAUCCGAUGAUGAGGCGUCGCGUCAUGGCUCGAUUGCUGAGCUUGAGAUAUUCAUACGAAAGGCAUCCAUUGUUCAGUCUCAGAAUGGGAAAUAUAACGAACCGAAGACUGAUAUCGAGAUUCUGAUCACUGAGGAGUCAGAUGUUCUGGGACCUUUGCACUCACCACUGACCCCUUUGACACCAUCUAUCCGCACUUCAACAUCACCCAGAGCAUCUUCAGAGUGCCUCGGAAGAAUGUCUUCUGACGAAGAGCAGUUCACGAAUGAGGUCACUAGACUAAAGCUUCCACAUCUCAUUCCCUCUGGUGUGUUCAAGCAGAUCAACAACUUUGCCGAUUUGCAUUCAUUUUCUUUUGGUCAAGGAUCUAAGACACGCAAGGAAAGUGGUGCAACUCCAGAUCCCAUGAGUAUAGAGAGUGGCAUUCAGCGACCAUCAUCUGCCCGCAUGUGCCUUGGGAGCAGCAUACCAUAUGAGACUACACAGGACGUGAUGCUCGUCAACCCGAUCACUGGUGAACGCAGAAUGUCUUCUAUCAGAACUGAGUCAGCAGGAGAGCAGCUAGCUCGACCCAGUCUACUGCGGCGAAGUUCUUCGGCCACUAUGUACACACUCGUCAGGAGGGACUCGAUGCUGGCGAAUGGAUCCCGGACACCGUCAACCGCAUCAAGACCCAGUAUUUCUGCGAGAAAUUCUUCAAUACGGUCGUCUAAGGACUUUCGACUCGCACCGCCCGCGCAUAGCCCUCGCACUCGGACUUUUUCUUCAACGCAUGACCGACCCAAUCGCCCUUCUUUAGCUUCAGCACGACACAUGUCUAGUGCUUCGCAAGCUCGUACCAUGUCAACUACACGGACUAUGUCACACUCUUCUUACGCUCGCACAAUGUCCAGUGUGAGGACCAUGUCCGGAUCAACGUGGUCACGAACAAUGUCGAAUUUCACAAGAGCUUCUUCCACAGCUUCCAUGUCGAGUUACGAUGUAGAAUCUGCGACGAACGACAUUCAGCACAAUCGUACCAAUUGCGAUGAUGCGCAGACACGACGAAAGUCCUCUCUCUUGGUCCCGUUGUUUGGUCAUUUUCAGUGGAGCAAGACAGACUCUGCUGUAGCUCUUCCCAUGCAAGAGCUCGAGCCUGCCUACCAAGAAGCGUUGGCAGACGUGGCAGAAGACCCCGACUUUGUCGAAGUCGAAAUUGAGCCGAAAGCAGGAUCCAUAAGCAGAAGAGCAUCGUUGUUUGCCAACAUCUUUACCAAUAAAGAUGUCGAUCUGGAUCCUGAUCUAAAAUUCAAACCCUCUGCAUCUGAGAAUGAGAUCAAGCAAGGGAUCGCAGACGCUCAGAAGGAUAGAAGUCGGCGCAAAAUGAUCUAUUCUCGCGACGUUGCAGCAAUGUCACUGGUAAUGAUCAAUGUAAUUUGCAUCGUGUUGUCGUUUGGUUUGUUCAGCGCCUGGUAUGCUGUUGCUCCUUUGAUACUAGUAGCGCCUCUGCUCAAGUCGAUCAUGGGGCUGGAUCUAAUCGCCCGCCAUGCAUACAAGAAGACAAGGCUUCUGCUGGAACCGCGAGAAGCAGAACCUGAGAUUCCUAUUAUGGAUUACGCCACCGUCAUCUCCUUUUCCAACGAGAGCUUUGAGGAUAUUCAGAGCACCCUCGACUCUCUGGUCGAUCAANAACACGUUGACAUGCACAAGAAUAUGCUACUCAUCUCGUGCAAUGACAAUGUAUGGAACAGCAACUCUGCCAAAUCGACCACAAGGAUCAUCUUUGAGAAUAUUCUCACCAACAUCGUCGAUGAAGCAAAGUUUCAAAUCCUCCAGGAGGAUCAGGACGCUGACUUUGCUACUAUGUGGUGUCGAAGAGGAAUUUACAAAGGCCUACCGUACGUUCUGAUGAUCAAGGAGGGCAUGACCAACAAAUCAGAAUUUGUUGACUUGAUCCGAAAUCUACUUCACUCAUACAACCUUCGCAAAGAGUCGUACCAUAACUCAGUGCCUUCUGCUUUCUUCGCUUGGUACAAGGAAUGGGCUGAGUUGCACGACUUUGCAUCCUUCGACUUUNUGGUGAACGUCAGGUCCGAGACCUUACUCGACGAGCACUGUAUCUCACAGCUAUAUCGACAAACUCUGAAGGAUCCUGCUUGUGUGGCAGUCUCGAGUCGAGUAGAAAUCGACUCUCGCUCUUUCAGAUGGACCGUGGGAACACUGUUCAGCAACUCACAACUCAUGUAUGACCAGGUCAUACAAUGUCACCAGACGCGUGUCAUGCACAAAGCAAGCGUGAGUCCAAGUGCUUGCCAGAUGCUCAAAGUUUGUGAAGAGACUUGUGGUCCGCAAAUCCUGAAACAAAUCAAGGAACGUCGGCCUACUCCUAUGAGUAAUAUGGUGAAGCAGAUCUGCUCAUCCAUUGAGGAAGACGACAUGACUUACGGUACAUCAGAAUCAACCAACCUGAAUGCCGUUUAUGCUGUCUCAUAUGCCCGUUCAACAAACACAUUUGCUGAAUUCUUAUCGCAACGCCAGAGGUUUGCAUUCUCGACUUGCGCCACGAAUCUCGCUAUACUUUGCAACAACCAGAUGCAUUGGUUUGAAAGACUAUCAUCUGCUGCUGAGUUGCUGGCCUGGGGUCUUCCCCUUUGCUCUCUCGCCCUCAUCAUCAACUUUCUUCGAUCUGCUGUACUACAACAGAACAUCCAUGUGAUGAUUGUGCUCAGCACCAUCGUUGCAUUGCCCUGGAUCUACGCAAUCAUAUCUGCGAUGUGGUUGGCUCGUUCCUGGGAAGGUCGGGCUCGCUACCUGCUCGGCUUCUGCGUCGUGAUGUUCACAGGGCCUUUUGUUGCCAUCUAUGUUGUCGUUUCUACGAUCUACAACUUGCAUCUGCUUCGUCCGGCACAGCCUAAACGUAGACGAUCUUCUGCUAUCGCUGCACAGAUUCAACGUGCUGAAGUAUGA